CUCGUCUCACCCAUCUUACAUCUUUGAUAUUGGCAUCCCGCCACUCAAGGCUGCCGUCGUCACUACAUUAGAUGAAACGCUGAGACACCAUCUGUACAGACACUGCAGACUCGUCACCAAUGUUUGCCGGCUACAGCUCCAAAAAGCGAAUCAGCGAGCGCUACAAGAUCGUAGGCUUCAUCAGUAGCGGUACCUAUGGACGCGUCUACAAAGCAGAAGGCAAAAAUGGCCGCAUUGGGGAGUUUGCCAUCAAAAAGUUCAAACCGGACAAGGAAGGCGAGCUCCAAUAUUCUGGCAUCUCACAGUCCGCUAUAAGGGAAAUGGCUCUCUGUACCGAGGUUGCACAUCAGAACGUUAUACACACAUCUGAGAUCAUCCUCGAAGACAAGUGCAUCUACAUCGUCUUCGAAUAUGCAGAGCAUGACCUUCUCCAAAUCAUUCACCAUCACAAUCAGCCUCAGCGCCAAGCCAUUCCUGCUCGGACUAUAAAGUCAAUUCUGUACCAGCUUCUGCAGGGUCUUGUCUAUCUCCAUCGCAAUUGGGUCAUGCAUCGAGAUUUGAAGCCUGCAAAUAUCAUGGUUACCAGGGACGGCAAGGUCAAGACUGGUGAUCUGGGUCUUGCGCGCCUCUUCCACAAGCCGCUCCAGUCACUGUUCUCUGGCGACAAGGUCGUCGUGACUAUCUGGUACCGCGCUCCUGAGCUGCUGCUUGGCAGCCGCCACUACACUCCAGCAGUUGACCUCUGGGCUGUUGGUUGCAUCUUUGCCGAACUGCUGUCCUUGCGACCAAUCUUCAAAGGAGAGGAGGCUAAGAUGGACAACAAGAAGACCGUGCCCUUUCAGCGGAAUCAAAUGCAAAAGAUUGUCGAGAUCAUGGGUCUGCCGAGUAAGGACCGUUGGCCACUGCUGACUUCCAUGCCUGAGUAUCCGCAGCUUACCUCGCUCAUUGCCGGUAACGCAGCACGUUACCCUCGCCCACAAGGCGACGGCCUGGAACGAUGGUAUCACCAAACCCUGAACAACAAUCACUACCCUGUCGGCACUGGACCAGACACGCCUGGCCAGGAAGGAUUAUCCUUGCUCAAGCAGCUGCUCGAGUACGACCCACUCAAGCGCUUGACUGCUGAGAAAGCGCUCGAGCAUCCAUACUUUACCGUGCACGGUAAGCCAGCAGAGAGUUGUUUCGAAGACUCCAAAAUCAAGUACCCUGUUCGAAGAGUCAGUCAAGAAGAUAAUGACAUUCGUACCUCAAGUUUGCCAGGAACCAAACGAAGUGGGCUGCCCGAUGAUUCUUUGAUCGGCCGACCUGCGAAACGCCUCAAGGAAGGAUGAACUACUACGACCACACUGCUGCAUGCUGCAGUCUUGACCUACUUUGGCAACAUUUGGAGCUGGUCGUCCUGACUUGGCGAAGAGCCAUCGCCAUACUCCGGCGCCCAAAGUGGGGACCCUGCCACAGUCUGGCUCGUGAUGGCAGG